AUGUCUGAGUGUUGGAAUGUGACCCUGGUUAUUGGAGACUUUAUAGGUCAGGCGGAGGAUGAAACCAUCCAGGAGGACUCCAACUUCCUGUUUAGUGGAGGCGACUCACUGCAAGCCCUGCAUCUCUGUGAUGACAUCACCACCACCGUAGGAGUGACUUCAUCUGGGCUUCUGGAGGCUAUAUUGGACGGAUCCUUCUCAGACGUCCUGUACCAUGUUGCCACAGAAACACAGACUCUCCAGUUAGAACACAGCUGGACAUCCCAUCCUGUGGACAAGAAACAUCCAGCAGACCCUGUCUCCUCAGCACAGCCCAAGAGACCGCAUACAGACCCUGUCUCCUCAGCACAGCCCAAGAGACCGCAUACAGACCCCGUCUCCUCAGCACAGCCCAAGAGACCGCAUACAGACCUUGUCUCCUCAGCACAGCCCAAGAGACCGCAUACAGACCCUGUCUCCUCAGCACAGCCCAAGAGACCGCAUACAGACCCUGUCUCCUCAGCACAGCCCAAGAUACCGCAUACAGACCCCGUCUCCUCAGCACAGCCCAAGAGACCGUAUACAGACCCUGUCUCCUCAGCACAGCCCAAGAGACCGCAUACAGACCCUGCACAGACACCACUGGGAGUUGUAAUUUAUUCUGUGAAGAGGGAUUUAAGAUGUACUGUGGUUCGGCAGUGUGUGUGGACGCACCACUGUGGGAGUGGAGAUGUGUUCUCCUCACCCUGUCUCCAUCCCUCUCUGACAGCAGUGUGUCGCCACCCUUGGUGGAAACUUCCUCUGUCUCCAUCCUGUGAGUGUCCAUGCCUUCUUGCCUGCAAAAAUCACAGAUGCUUGUGUGUUAAUGAGAAAAGAUUCAAACUCUUUUUCUGUUUCAGGACACUGAGGGUGUACUCCAGCCCCUGUGUGUUUGAGGGGUCACCCUGA